GCAGCCGGGAUCCGGACAGGCAGUUUCCUCUUCUCCGCCUGCUGCCGCCGCCGCCGCUGCUGUUCGAGAGCUCCCUCCAAGAGAAGCCGGCUGGUGCCCUGCGCUCCCUUCCCGGGAUGAUGCCCACCAAAAGCCUGCGCAAGCCCGCGCCUCACAACGCGGCGCCCGCGGAGUCCGAGGAGGUGACGGAAUGUGCUUUGCAGCUACGCAAGAUCGGGGACAAACUGAACCUCCGCCAGAGGAUUCUGAACUUGAUCGCAAAGCUUUUCUGCCCGGGAACUCAAGAAUGUUUGGAGUGA